UUCAGUGUUCUGUUUACACAAAUCGUCGCUUCACAAUUUUAGCGUCAAAACUCCAUUCCAAAUUCCAUUACUGGCUCUUCAAGAAAUGAAGACGAUUAUUUCAAUUGUCCUUUGCAUAUUGACCGUAAUACAUGUUGCGUCAAGCUUAACGUGCUACAAGUGUGAGAGCACAAUUUCUUACGCCGACUGUGAAUCGAGACAAGAACAAGUUGCGUGCGAUAAAGACGAGGACACGUGCAUCAAGGGAGACAUCAGUUACCAGCUUCACAGCCAAGAUCACAAAUCCUUUCGGAAAUACUGUGCUGYAAGCUCGAAAUGCGACAAGGAACAAAAUCCUCAAUGCAAGACCGCUGCAUUGGGAGAAAACAUCGAAUGCAACAUCCACUGUUGUUCUCUGAAUCUCUGCAAUGCAGGCUCAAGCGUUAUUGUCAGCGGUGUAGUAAUGGUAGCAGCAUUCAUUGUUAUGGCAUUGUUUUAAUUGUGAGAGGAAUUUUUAAGUAGAUAAAGUGAUUGCUGGACUAUAGUAAUACUCAGUAUUUGGUAUGGUUCUAAAUUGCUUUUGUCAGUUUUUAUAUACCCACUGAAAGAAAAGAAGGACCUAUUGGUAUUUAGAAGAAAAUUGUACAUUUUUAGUAGAUAUUGAUGAUAUUCAAUAAACUAUAAAUAUUGUAAUUAAG